GUAACGAUGCGAUAGCACAAGAUAAGGGCGUUCCCAUGAUGAAAUUAAAAAACAAUUCUAAAAAUAGCAUACAUUCGGGUGGGUUUGCAGUAUCAGGACGAGGCUGUCAAGAGCGUCUCUGCUUCAACUUCACGGGAAGAUCUGAGGAAACGCCAGAGAAAAGAGGAAAAACUACCUGGAGAGAUGUUCUGAGGAGUAUCUCUGACAAGAAGAUGGCAACUUUUUUUUCAAGUCUCUUUUCCAGUCUUUUUGGUUCCACCACCAGUAAAUAUGGAGACAUCAUGGAGGUGGAAACCACAGGAGCUUCAAAGGUAACGGCUCAGCAGGACAAGCUGCGUUACUCAGGUGUGGCCGCUUCAGAAACAAUGGCAAAGAUGGAUGCAGAAAGAAUGAAGAAAUACAAGACAAAGAUCUUGAAUGUGGCAAAAUCCUUUGAUAUUGAUCCAGCCAUCAUUGCUGCCAUCAUCUCCAGAGAGUCGAGGGCAGGAAAUACUAUAAAAGACAACAAUGGCUGGGGAGACUGGAACACAAAAAGAAAAGCAUUCAACGCCUUUGGACUGAUGCAGGUCGAUGUCAAUCCCAAAGGAGGUAACCACACUGCAGAGGGCGAGUGGGACAGCGAGACGCAUAUUCAACAAGGAACCCGGAUCUUGGUUGAUUUUAUCGACAAAUUCUCCUCGUGGCCCAAGGAGCAGCAGCUGAAAGGAGGGAUAGCGGCGUACAACGCAGGGGAUCUAAAUGUCGAGUCUUAUGCAAACGUGGACAAACACACAACGGGCAGAGACUACUCCAACGAUGUUGUUGCGAGAGCAAAGUGGUACAAAGAAAAUUUUAGCUUUGAGUAGCUGAAGAUGUCCUCAAGGGGUGAAGUGGUUCUACAAAGAGACGUGUGUUAGACUGCCUGAAUCUUCCUUUAAUGAACACCAAAAAAAAAGCUUCAGUUCCUGCCGGUAUGUUUAGGUUGAUUCGAUUUGAAAGCAUUAAAAUAUUAUGAUAAAAUAUAAGAUUCAAUUUUGUCUGCUUACGUUUUGGAAGUAUAUGUCCUGCCAUCAGUUUGGCCAAAGUAUCUGUGAUGGAAAAUGUAGCCUCGGGCACUUGAUUAAACCAAAAAUGAUGACAGCGUCAAAAAUGUAGCUUUGGCCGACUAAGUGUACAAACUGCUAGUCUGCUCCAAACAAGAUUAACAUCAACCUUAACGAUGUUUUGUCUACUUGAAUCGUAAGAAUGAAUCAUCAUUCUUACGUCAUCAUCAUUCAUGCUUUAAAAUCCUUAUGCUUCCUUUGUUUCAUUGUCAUUCUCCAUCGAGAUGCCCAAUGUAUGUUCUGAUCCUAUUGCAUGCAACUGCUUUAUUAAAUCUACGGAAAUCUGGCUCAUCUCUCAAGUUUUCUUAGAUGCACUUUCAGUCUAGAUAUUCACCUAGUUGGAAAUAACUUAUUAAAGAGCAUUGAGUAGGUUUCUCCACAACAGUAUCUUCGCACACUUAUCUGGUUUGUCUCCUGCAACAAGUGUGCAUCAAUUUACAGAACUUUGUUGCACAUCAACAACGAUGAAACCGGCUCACAGAGUUACAGCAGAGCAUCUCAGCAGGGACUCAAGAAAGAACCGACGGGAGACAAACUGUGAUGAAGGACUGAUGAGAACUGAAUGACGGGAUGUAACAGCCGGGUCUAAAGCAGGGUGGGGUCUAAAUGACAUCAUUAAUCUGGUGUGAAGGG